GGAAAUAAGAUUCCACUCACCGCAGAGACUUUCAUGCUCUGAAAACCGGCAUGACAAUUCCUGCAAUUGUCUCAUACAAUUCUGUUCCCACCCAUCAGAUACAUUAACUUCAUAUAAAGCAGAUUGGCGCUGGGGGAUCUGUUUGUGAGCAGCUUUGGGACAACCGGCUGAAUUGUUGAAAGAACCUAAAAAGGUUUUCACUGAUUAGCAUUACACCAUGUGGGUAACAAACCUGGUAGCCCUGGUCCUCCUGGCCACUGCAGCCUCAGCUGCCACCUCUGCAUCACCCGACAAAGUCCUGAGUAACCACGCCACCAUCCUUGCUGACAACAGUGCUGACUUUGCAUUCAGUCUCUACCAAAACAUGGCAAAGGAGAAAGACGUAGAAAACAUCAUCAUUUCCCCUGUUGUGGUGGCCACCUCUCUGGGUCUAGUGGCUCUUGGGGGCAAGGCCUCCACUGCUUCUCAGGUAAAGACCAUUCUGAAUGCGGCCAAAGUUAAAGAUGAGCAGCUGCACUCUGGUUUGGCCGAGCUCCUGACUGAGGUGAGCGACCCCAAGACCCGCAACGUCACCUGGAAGAUUAGUAACCGCCUGUAUGGACCCAGCUCUGUCAACUUUGUGGAUGAUUUUGUGAAGAGCAGCAAAAAGCACUACAACUAUGACCACUCCAAGAUAAACUUCAGUGAUAAGAAGAGUGCUGUGAACUCCAUCAACGAGUGGGCAGCCAAGUCCACUGAUGGCAAACUACCUGAGGUCACCAAGGAUGUAGAAAAGACUGAUGGGGCAAUGAUCAUUAAUGCUAUGUUUUUCAAACCUCACUGGGAUGAGCAGUUCCAUCAUAAGAUGGUGGACCAACGUGGCUUCUUGGUACCUCAUAGCUACACUGUGUCAGUACAGAUGAUGCACCGCACAGGUCUCUACAACUUCUAUGAUGACAAAACCAAUAAGUUGUACAUCCUGAGCAUGCCCUUGGCUCAUAAGAAGUCCACUGUGGUGUUCCUCAUGCCCUACCACGUGGAACCUCUGGAGAGACUGGAGAAGAUGCUGACCAAGAAGCAGCUGGACACGUGGAUGGGCAAACUGCAGCAGACAGCAAUAGCCGUGACUCUGCCCAAAGUCAGCAUGGAAGUCAGUCACAACCUGCAGAAACACCUCGAGGAGUUGGGCCUGACAGAGGCUGUGAACAAAUCCAAAGCUGACUUGUCCAAAAUCUCCGGGAAGAAGGAUCUCUACCUGUCCAAUGUGUUCCAUGCUUCUGCCAUGGAAUGGGACACUGCUGGAAACGAAAUGGACCCAAGCAUCUUUGGCACAGACAAGCUGAAAAACCCCAGACUCUUCUAUGCUGAUCACCCUUUCAUCUUCUUAGUGAAGGACCAGAAGACGAACUCCAUCCUGUUCAUUGGCAGGAUGGUCAGGCCAAAGGGUGAAAAGAUGAGAGAUGAAUUGUAACCACAUGUUGACCUGAGUGUCUAAGUUAAACAUCUGACUGUGUGUGAUUGUAUAUUUUUUACUGCAAUAUGCUGAGAGAAUUGGGAAAAGAAACGUACAUUCCUGUACAUCACAUGUCGACAGCAUUCCACAAUACAUGGCUGAAGAGA